AUGAAAAAAGGAAAGGAAAAAUGUUUCACAGCGUGGCCGGAAGUCUCAACGACGGCUGCUCGUCGGCCGUCGGCCGCCAGUCUUGGACAGGACUGCGUCUCCGACUCGGAGUGUCGGCUGGCCGAUCCGUACUCGAGGUGCGUCGAUGGUGUCUGCGACUGUGGCUACCGAGGGAACGAGAGCAGCUGCUCCGCGAGAAACGCCGGAUGCCCGGCCGGCAGCUUCCAAUGCAGAAGCAGCGGCAAGUGCGUCAGCUGGUUCUUCGUGUGCGACGGAAGGCCGGACUGCGGCGACGGGUCUGACGAACGAUGCUGGAACGAGCGGGGCAACGCCGAGUGUCCUGGACAGGCGUUCAGGUGCGACAUCAGCAACGUCUGCGUGUCAAGGGCGGCGAUCUGCGACGGGAAGCAGGACUGUCCGCACGGCGAGGACGAGGCGGGCUGCAACGAUCGACGAA